AUGAAGGAAGAUUUAAUGAUACAGCAAUUAAGUAAAUGCUCAGGCAAUACACAUAUUUUGAAAAGGGAUGAGGAAGAAAAAAUUCAAAGUUUAAAAAACAUAUCAUUGUUUUCUAGGACAAAAGAAGAGCUUAAAAAAAAAAGCAAAACUAAAAUUGAAGAUAUAUUUAAUAAAAAUACAUACAAUAUAACUAAUGUAAAUAUAUUGAAUAAUGAUAAUAUACAAUAUCCAUCAUUUAAUACUUUAAAUAAUAAUAUAAAGACAUGUAAAAUAAAUAACACAAUAAUAGAUAAAUUAAAAAAAAAAGAAGAACAAAGAAAAUGUAGCAACAUUUUAAAUUCCGUUGUGCAAAAAAAAAGUAUUGAUAGUUCUUCCUCUUAUUUUUCAGAAGAAUUUUCUAAAAAUAAAUAUAAAAAUUAUUUACUUAAUAAAAGUUCAGUUUAUUUAAAAUCGAAAUGCCAUAAAGAAUCAAAUAUAAAUUUAAAUUUAAAGAAACUAGAAAGACUACAAAAAAAAAUGAAAAAUAUUAAUAAUAUUAGUUAUGUGAAAAAGGGGAACAUCGAAAGUUCAGAUGAGCACGAACAAAGUGGUAGUGAUAAUUACGAUGAUAAUAUAAGUGAUGAUAAUAGAAGUGAUAAUAAUAUAUGUGAUGAUAAUAUAAGUGAUGAUAAUAUAAGUGAUGAUAAUAUAAGUGAUGAUAAUAUAAGUGAUGAUAAUAUAAGUGAUGAUAAUAUAAGUGAUGAUAAUAUAAGUGAUGAUAAUAUAAGUGAUGAUAAUAUAAGUGAUAAUAAUAUAUGUGAUGAUAACAUAAGUGAUGAUAAUAAAAAUGAUGAUGAUAACAUAAGGGAUGAUAAUUAUAUAAAUUAUGAAGAAUAUAAUAAUAAUAUGUCUGAUGAUAAAAACAGUCUGUCAAAGUAUGUAUAUGAAAAACGAUUUAAACUGAAUCUGUUAAAAGAUGGUUCAAAUGAAAAUAUAUAUUCUAUUGUUAGUAAACGAAAAUAUAAUAAUACAUAUAAAAAGAAAUGCUUAUAUUUAGGAACGAAUAAAUUAAAUAAUAUUUGUAAGGAAAAUCUUAAGAUAAAAAGAAGCUAUUUAAGAUAUUGUGGAGAAAAUGAAUCAUCUGGAAAUAGGAAAUUAUCAAAUGGUAUGUCUCAAUUAAUGAAAUUAAAAUAUUUAAUAAAUAAAAAAAAUAAUGAAAAGAAUAAGAAUUCUUUAUUUUAUGAUUCUAACGAUAAUAACAAAUUUAUAAAAUUUCUAAUGUCUGAAAUAAAAAUUGAAACGAAAUUAUAUAAAUUAAUUUUAUUUCUUUUAUUUCUUCUCCUUUUAUCAUUAUCAAAAAAUAUUUCUGAUUAUAUGGUUAUAACAAGAAAAUGUUACAAUAUAUAUGAAAAUCCAAUUAAAUCUAUAUAUAGAAUUAUUAAAUAUAUAAUAGUACUUUUUAAAAUAUGUUACAAAGUUACCUUACCCAUUUUUAUUUAUUUAUUAUCAUGUUUAUUUAUUACUAUCUUUAGAAUAUUUGUUAUUUUAAAUAUACCUAUUUUCUUUUUCAUUUUAUAUAUCAAAUUUGUACUCAUAAGCGAUAAAUCUAUCAUCACUUUGUAUUUUCUAUUCUUUCAAUUUUUUUAUAAAUAUUUAGUUUUCCAUUGUGAAGAUAUUUUUAAGAAUUUAAAAUCACAUAUUAGUUUAGAUAAUUUUUUAACUUUAAUUUAUAAAACUUCCUCUUUUAUUUUUUAUUACAUGGUCAGAGUUAUUCAAACAUUUCAAAAUCAUAUAAAUCCACAGUUUUAUGAAUCAAGUGAUAGUAAUUCCAAAUAA